GACCAACAUGAAGAAACAAUAUCAAGCACAAACUGAAACACUGCUCUGCAGACUUCACCUUCAAGACAAACUUCAGCAGAAGUUUUCACCAGCAGAUUUUCUUCAGAUAUGUCCACCUGUGAGUCAGGAUCAUGAGACAUGUGAGAAAGAUCUAGCUCAUACUUUCCUUCACAGGCUGAUGAUGUUAGACUACAGAGCCAGAUAUAUUCCUGUAAGACAAGACAGUUCUGAGGUCAGCAAUUCAAAGCCUGUUCCAGAUAUUCUUUACACAGGACAAAGUGCUUUAGAAGCUCUCUAUGGUAACACUGUCAACUCUGAUAAAUCAAAACAAUCUCCUGUGCAUCCAAUGGAUGUUCAGAUGGCAGUAUUUCACUGCUCAGACAGCUUUUUCAAACAGAACAUGAUUAGAAAGCUGUCACAGUGUCAGUACGCUUUACCUCUGCUUGUUCCUGAUCCAGUUACAAUGGACAUUGAAUGUCCUCUGUGGACUUUCAGACAAAUAAGAAAAACAUGGAAGAUAAUUCAAACCAAAGAUAAUCCAAACAUUGUCACCCUGAAGAGUAUGCCCAUCUGUAAUGCUAAAACACCCAUGGUGUCAUUUUUCCGUCUGGGUUCACUGUCUCAGUCUAAAUCUCAGCUGAUAAACACUUUGAUCAACGAGCGUCACAACACCUUCUUCCACAGAAACUGUCCAGGUAGCACAAAGUCUCGCUAUUUGAUGGAUGGAGUGGCAGAGAUUGCCUGGUACUGCCCAGCUGGUAAACCCAGUGAUGCCUUCACUGACUGCACUGCCUUCUGUAAUCUCCAUGGUGAUGCUCUGUUAAAUAAAAAACAGCGUGACAUACUGACUGAAAAAUCUUCAGUCAGUGUUGUUCUUGUCCCAACUCUGGAAAAAGAAGACAAAAGUGAAAAAGUUAUCUCAGCUCUUUUUGAGUCUGAAAAGCCUCUCAUUAUUCUUAUUGCUAAUAAUGAUGGUAGUGCAGUUCGGUUGACAGAAGGAAAAUACAAAAUGGGUCUGAACGACAGAAGCCAGUCAGAUGUUUCUAAUGAACUGAAAGGAAUCAUUAGAAACAUUUUGUCUGGACCACAGACUUCCAGCUUCCAGCUUGAAACCAUGACUGAGGUCUCUGGAAUCAGAGUGGAUGAAGAUGACAGUCUCUGCCAAAAAGGGAAAUCUGCUGCUGAGGGAAUAGUGAAGUUACUUCAGGGGAUGGAUGGUCUAAAGAUUAAAGACACAUUUCUCCAAUGUCAAGGUCAACUGUGGAGCAAGUGGUGCAGAACAAACAAAGACCUGUAUCGCCUCACAGGACACAUCGAGAAGGAGAAAUCUGAAAAGGAACAACAACUGAAGCAAAUACGACAAGAUCAAUGCAAAGCUUCCUGUAGUGAGCUGAUGAAGUUGUUCACUGAAAGCCUCUCAUCUUUGAAAUCAACAGACAGAGAGUAUUUCCUGAACUGGACUCAGAUCUUAAUCGAUGCCCUCUGCACAGAUGAUCUCUCUUCAAUUCUCCAAAGCUAUGAUGAAAAAUGGUCUGAGGUCUUGGCUUUGAAGAAGAAGCACGACAAGUCUGAUCAGUUAAACAUGAAGCAAACUGAGCUUGGACAAAUAUCAACAAAACUACAGUCUGCAACUUUUGGCUUGGAGCACAUGUUUAGAGAAAUGGGACAAAUCUAUGAAGCCCAUAAAUCUCUGAAGAAACAACCAACGAGUGGACAGACUGACUGGUCUAAAUACCCUGAGCUGGCUGCAGAGCUGAUGAUAUCAGGACACCCAAUGGAGCUGAUGGAUGGUGAUGCAGGUCAUGUGCCUUUAACUUGGAUCUCUAGUCUUUUAGAUGAAGUCAUCAACAAACUGGGCAACAAGAGAGUCUUUGUGUUGUCAGUUUUAGGCGUACAGAGCAGUGGAAAGUCAACUAUGCUGAAUGCCAUGUUUGGGUUACAGUUUGCAGUGAGUGCUGGCAGGUGCACCAAGGGUGCCUUCAUGCAGCUGGUCAGAGUGUCAGAGGAGAUCAAGAAAGACUUUCAGUUUGACUACGUUCUGGUGGUGGACACUGAAGGACUGCGUGCUCUUGAGCUGGAAGGUAACACCACUCUUCACCACGACAAUGAACUGGCAACAUUUGUUGUUGGUCUGGGAAACAUGACAUUGAUCAACAUCUUUGGAGAGAAUCCAGCUGACAUGCAGGAUGUUCUGCAGAUUGUUGUUCAGGCUUUCAUGAGGAUGAAGAAAGUUAAACUUUCUCCAAGUUGUGUGUUUGUUCAUCAGAAUGUUGCAGAUAUUGCAGCUGCAGAGAUGAACUUGGAUGGAAAGAGACGCCUGCAAGAAAAACUGGACCAGAUGGCCCAACUAGCAGCUGAAGAGGAGGGUUGUGAUGCUGAGUGCUUCGGUGACGUCAUUGCAUUUGAUGUUCAGAAUGAUGUGAAGUACUUUGCCCAACUGUGGGAGGGAAGUCCACCGAUGGCUCCUCCAAAUCCAGGUUACAGUGAGAGCAUCCAAGAGCUGAAGACCUUCAUCCUCUCUAAAGCUUCACAGUCUAAAGGGAUUACUCUCAAACAGUUCAAAAGCAAAAUUCAUGACCUGUGGAAUGCCCUGCUGAACGAAAACUUUGUUUUCAGUUUCAAAAACACACUUGAAAUUGCAGUGUACAGAAAACUUGAGGUCCAGUAUGGGCACUGGACCUGGACCCUUAGGAGCAACAUGUUGACCAUUGAGAACCAGCUUCACAACAAAGUAGAAAAUGGAAACCUUGACAAAGUUGAGCUCAGUUAUCUUCAUGAACAAAUGAGCAACACUUACAAAAAAAUCCAAAAUACAAUGACAACAUACUUUGAUGAUGACAGAGACAAAGAAAUAUUGGCUCAGUGGCGAGGCCGAUUUGAAAGCAGAAUCAAGGAGUUUCAUGAUGGACAAGUGAGAGAAGUCCAAAGAAAACUGGAUGAAGUUAUCCAGCAGAAGAAGGCUCGUAAAAAGCUUGAUGAAAAGAAUCAAGAGUUUGAGAACAAGCUGCUACAAAAGAGUAAAGAGCUCGCUCAUGAGUUAAAAGACAAGGCAGGAGAUGUAAAGGAACUUAGAAAGCAGUUCAACUCAGUUUGGAGUGGCUGGGUUACUGAGUUAACUGCAGGCACAACACCUAUUAAGGACAUCAACUAUCAGGAGGAUCAGUAUACUGUUCUUCAAGAGCUCGGUAUUGAAGGCACUCACAUAAAUCAAUCCAAAUGCAAAGGUAGAUACAAAAACAUGCCAAUGAUUCCAAAUUUCAGUGAUUAUGUGACUCUCACCAAGCACCAGGAGCCCAGUUUCACAAGCCAACGAUCCCAAGAUGAUCAGACAGAAGACAAGAAUGCAGAAAAGCAAAGAUUUAGCUUUUUCAGGGCUGUUAAAAAUAUUUUCGGAUUUGGGUCAUCAAGCUCUUUAUCAUCAACAAAACAAAAAGAACAUCUGCCACACGAACAGCAGGACCUUAUCAGAUCCCUUAUUGACAAUGUUGAACAACAGACCGCAAACAUACUUAAGAAAAAUCCUGUAGCUAAACAAGGCUACAAUCAAGCUUACUUACAUGAGGUGGCCAACAACACAAAAGAAAAAGUAACAGAAUUUGAAUCAAAGAGUAAUCUUGCUCUGAAGAAGGAGUUCACAGUUGAUCUUGUGCUGUAUGUAUUUGACAGAGCAGAGAGUUGGCUGACAGAGUCUCACAAGAAAUUCAAAGACAGCAACGAUGUACAUGUUUGUGUAGAAAGCAAGAAAGAGCAAUAUUACAACAUUUUCAGAAGCUUCUGUAAAGGAAGCUCGUCUGCUGUUGUGUUUGCAGAACUGAUCUGUGAAGAACUGAAGAGUUCCACUGUUGAGGCCGUCUGUAACAAGACUGCUAUUGGCAUCGCUGAUGAGAUGAAGUGCAGUUUCCCAGCAUUCAGUGGGAACAGGUUGAACUUAGAGAAACAUGUGUUGAAGUCACUGGCAGAGAAAGAGGACUUUGAUGGUUUUAUCACCUACAUCACAAACCCAAGGAAGCAAGUUGAGGCAUUUAUAAAAGAUAAAGUGCAGAAGUACAUCUUCACAGGAAAAAGAAACAAAGCACAGAAUAUACUGAAGAAAAAUGUUGAAGACAUCAAACAGCUUGUGAGUCAGGCUUUAUUUGAUGCAACAGAGGAAGGAGACAUAGACAUGUGGAUGGAGGAAUUUUCCAGUUUGUUGAUUGAUGAACUAACAUUCAACACCAUCUGUUGUCAAAACUUUAGCGACAUAAACAAAUUUGACUUUCUGAAAGAGGAGAUCGAGAAAGGCCUUAAACCCAUCAUGAAGGAGAUGAACAGCCUCUCACUGGAUAAGAUGAAGGACUUCAAGAAUCAGCCUGAUGAAAUCCUCAUUGAUCAGCUGUGUAACUGCUGCUGGGUGAAGUGUCCAUUCUGUGCAGCUGUUUGUACCAACACACUGGCUGAUCACAGUCCUGACAAACACAGUGUCCCUUUUCAUCGACCCUCUGGGAUUAAAGGAUGGCACACCAGAAACACAGAUCAACUGGUCAUUGAUUUCUGCACAACAUUAGUAGCAAGUGAUAGAUGUUUCUACCCCCAUCAUGGUUCAAAGGAGACUUUUCCUUAUAAAGAGUAUCCAAAGGCUGGAGGGGGGUAUGCAACAUGGACGAUUACUGCUGAUGGGUCUAAGCUGAUAUACUGGAAAUGGUUUGUAUGUCGGUUUCAACAGCAGCUUGAAGACCACUAUAAAUUAAAAUUCCAUGGCAGAGGAGAAAUUCCCAAUGAGUGGAGAACACACUCUAAAGAAAAGGCUAUUAAAAGUCUGGAUGAAAUGUAAAAUCUGCAGUGACCCAAAAACAGCUGAGAUCUCCUCAAAGUGACAGCAGCCCAAAAUGAAUUUAACUGCUCAAAAGAUAUGAGACUUGUUGAUCUGAUUAAAGGAGAGUAACAACAGAAACAAUGAGGAUGAAGCCUUUUAAAACUUAUUGAAACAGCACCUAAUUAUAUUUUGAUCAAAGAUAUUUUAACAGCUAAAAGUAUGAGCCAGAUAAGAAUUAGUCAAUCAUGUUUUUGUUUGAUUAAAGAUAUGCAUUUUCUUUUUACUUCAAAGGAUGACGAGGAUGCAUGAAAUAUUUAAUUGAAUAUUUUAAGGAAAACAAUAUUCAUUAGAGAAGCAGUAUCAGUGUCCAGUAUAAAAGGUAUAAAGGAGUAUCUAUAGCUUAGGACAUAUUUUUGUACAUAUUUCCAUCUAAAUAUAAUGUGAGCUAUGAUUUGACUUUUGUUUCAUUCAUUAUACUUUAACUAAAAAUCUCAUCAAACAGAUAUGACACGAAAUCAUUGUAUGCUGUAUGUUGUAUGCUGAAAUAUAUAUGAGAAGGAAACUUUUAUUCAUUCAAGUUGCAUCAUUCUUUUAUACAGGAUGUUUGACAUGUUCUUUUUACAGUUGUUCACAGUUCACAGAGUAAGAUGUUGAGACAAGGCGUACUGUCCUACAUGUGUAAAUAAUGUAAUUCAUUUGAAAUGAAAAACUGACCUUUUUUCUAUAAUGCAGAUUUAAUUUUAAGAGCGUCACAACAAGCAGCAUGUUUAGUAUUACUUUAAGAGUUUUAUAUGAAUAUCUCUGGAAUUUAGCUUUUUUUGACUGUUUUAGGGGUUAUGAGAGAAUUAUUUGUAACAUAAGUGAUGGAUAAGAUGAGUCAUAAGAUUGUUGUUGAUUGUGAAAAUACAGGAAACUUGUGAUUGUAUGAGACUUGUUGAGUUCCAUGAAAAAAGAAGAACUUGUUGUAGUUGACGUUUGUUGAAAAACAAUGGAAUUAUUUUUAAUUUUUUUGUUGUUCAAGUCAUCUGAGAAUUGUUUUCAUCUUCAUAAUUCCUUUUGAAUUGAUUAUAAAGCAUCAAACUUGUAUUUGAGACUUGUUGACCUCCACGAAAAGAUCAAAACUUGUGAGAAGUUGACAUAACGUGUUGAAAAACAGAAUGGAAUAAUUUUUCGUAUUAUUUUGCUGCAUCUGUUGUCCAACUCAUCUGAAAAUCAUUUUUAAAUGAUGAAUGAUGCUUUAUCUUAAUUUUUGGGGGAUUUCAAUAAUUUUACACUGUGUCAUUUUUAAUAGAAAAGAAUGAAAUGAAAUAGAAUAGAACUACUUUAUUGAUCCCAGACUGGGAAAUUAUUUUGUCACAGCAGCAGUGGGUCCACUAAAAUACACUCUGUACAUAACAUAAAUAGAAAGCAAGAUAUACACAAUGCAUAUAUACAGUGCAAACUAUACUAUAAACAAUAAACAAUGAUAAUAUAUACAACUAUACAAGAAAGACAAUUCCUAUGAAUGUGCAGUAGUAGAACCACAGGUAAUAUAAAUGGAUAAAUGGACUAAAAAGAACCCAGAAUAUGCAGAUGUAAACAUGUAAUGUAACAUGUAACAUGAGUAAAAACAGUAGAGAGAUCAGAGUUUAAAUGUCUUAUGUCGAUAUUGGAGUAGAUUUUCUUUUUUCCUACACUAGAUUCCAAUUUUUUUUAGAAGACAAAUUGGUGUUAUUUUUUGUUUGUUUUUGUUUGUUUGUUUGUUUAAAGGUAAUGACAAAAUCUUUUACAUACCAAGUCAUAAAGUGGAUGUUUUGAGAUUGAAUUAUUGAAAUUGUGACAAAAAAAGGUGUUGUAGAAGUUGACACAUGUACAAAAAAUAAUCAUUUUUAAUUUCUCAUUGACUUUUGAGCUGUAUCUGUCUUUGUAAUCAAACAUUUAAUUCUUCAGAUAUUUCAUUUAUUUUGUUAACAUCGAAUGAUUUAUUAUUAUUCUUUUUUUUUUUUUUUUUUACAGAAUUUGAUGAAUUAUCUUUCUCAAGUAUUUUGAUAAUCAUUUCUCUGCAUAUAAUUUUAGAUGUUCUGUCAUGCCCAUAUUGGAAUAGAUUUUUUUUUCUUUCUGAAAUG